AUGGAAGCAGAUAAACCAUCCCGGCUUCGUCACGCUGCCCUUCGAGCCGUAUUUGACGCUCGUUUGGAACUAGUCGACAUAGUCGAACAACCGGAGGGAGAAUUCAGGGAGAAGAUAUUAACGGAACUCGCGCCAGCUCUGUUCACCACAACCAAACCUAUCGCACCGCAGCGAUCUGAUGAUGAACCAGAUGCUGUUUUUAAUCCCGGACGUGAUGACUGCUAUCUGCGGCUGAUCUUCACACUGGCAAAGCAAAGUGAUUGGCGUGCUCAUUUAGGAAAAGCCGGUCAUAUAGAACGAUGCAUAUCUCUACUUGGCCACGUCAUCAAGAACUGUUCCUCCGAUUCGUCGACGCCUGUCAAGCAUCAUCCUUAUUAUCUUGCAGGCAUAUUGAUACGGAUGAAUGCCUCGGAUGACUAUCAAAGCCCUGGCUUUGCGGACAAUAUAUCUGAGCAGGAAUGGUGGAGUCUACUCAAAGGAGCGUGGUCAGCAAUGUAUUGGAAUGACCUUUACCUUGAGGAUGAAUCAGUGGAAGCACUGCCUGGCAUUGUCACGUACACUCUCGAUCUCCUGAAAACGCAGACAGCAAGAUAUGAUGCGGCGAGCCUUGUUCGAUUGGUGGAUCGGAUAUACGAGGCGCUCAGUGAUUGUAAAGCAAAGCCGGGUAUCCUUUCCGCAGUGAAAAGCCUACAGGAUGCGCUGGAUACUAGCAAUGCAUAG